CUUCUUGCACCCUUCAUGACGUCUUUUUAUCAACCUCAGUCUCAAAAUGACGAACCUCAAAUCGAUUUUGACCUCGAUGCCCUCCAGGCACAGAUCAAUAUGGCUAUGGCAGAAACAGAAGAACUAGUCUCUUCAUGGGUCCAACCUUCCAAGGCGAACAAUGCUAGUACUACCAGUGGUGACUACAGGAAGCCGAAGAGGACGUUUGAAGAGAUGGAGGGAGAGCUGAAGGAGUAUCUUAGGAGGCCUCCUAGGUUAGGUGUUGGUGCGCCAAUACCCGAAUCUACGGGUCCAAAGGCACAAGAAGAGUUAAAGCUGAAAAAUAAGCUUGUUGGGAAAAAUAAUAAGAAACGGCCCGGGGAUGCCACUCGUGCUGCAAUAUCAGAAAAAGAAGUGAAAGAGGAUGAAGACGUGGAAGACGAGGAGACAAAAACGAAGAAAGGAGAGUCAGGCUCGAGUAUGAAGAGGGUACGAAUCGAUCCAUUCAGUUUGCCGAAGAAAAAAGUCAAACGUACCAAUGGAGAUGGUGUUAAUUCGAGCUUGAACGGCGAUGUUGUGAAUCAUGCCCCGGUCAUCGAUGGAAUUAUCCUGGAUACUCCAGCUCAAACCUUGCUUACGAAAAUCGAAACGAAAUCGACCUCACCAUUGAACUCACAGGGUGCGCAGUUUGGUACCGCUUCUCCGACUUCUCUGGUUUCUUCAACGUGCCCAGCCUCCCCAACCUCUGCAAAGAAAAAGAAGAAGAAGAAGAAACACAAGCUUACUUCACCUCACAUCGACGUUAUCCCGAACAGUGUCUCGAAUUCUUCAACGACAAACGGAGUUGCCUCCAGUCAUGGUGCUGGCGCUGAACCGGGCAGGACGUCCUCCGCGGGCAUCACUGCUAACGGAGCAGAUACUCACACCAUACCUAACGCGCCGCCAAAAGAGCAGGUCAUACAUGCUUCACCAACGUCUCCUACAUCUCCAACCUCACCCACCUCUCCUUCGUCUUCAGCUUCAACGAAGAAAAGGAAGAAAAAGAAAAAGAAACACGCACUCACUCAACCCAAUGGAAGCAGUAUCUCGAACGGUGUUCCAGCUGCUCCACGAAUGCUAAGCGGCAUUACAUCUAGUGCACCAACAGACGACAAGUCUCUGACUAUUGGAGCUCCUAUUGCUAACGGAACGACGGUAGAAGAAGCGAGGGCAGAAGCAGAGGAGUGGACAGGCUUCGGAGACGCGACUCCUGAUUCUGUGGAGGACCAGGAGGCUGGCAUUCCUUCGUCACCGAAACUAAAGGCAAACGGUAUUCCAACAUCAGGACCUCAUUCUCCAAAAACUACACACAAGAUGCAAGCCCAUCCAGGACUAUCCUUAUCCCUGCCUCUACUUAACUUGAAUGGUCCACCACACCCUAUCACUAAUGACAACAACAACGAGGAUGAUGCGAUACAAAGCCCAAAGACGAAGAAAAGACGAAGGAGACGGAAGAAGAGUAAAGUAAACGGAACUGGCGUGGAGAACGCGGGACAGGUAUCAUGA